UCGCGAGAGGCGUUGGUUGCCAUAGUUACGCCAGUCCCAACACAAACGCCUUGAGGACAGGCUGGGCAUACUGCCGGCGAAAACCUGAAAUAUUGGAAUAGAGAUUGUGAAUUAUUUAAAUGUUGGCUUUAAUUUACCGACAGUGAAGUACGUUGUAUCUAAACUGAAAGGUUAAGUGUGCUAUCACGAGCUGGUAAACCAAGACGAGAGAGAUAAAAUAAGUGUUUUCAGCAAUGCACAGAGUUAAAGUGCUGUGAAAGUUACCUGUAACGAUGCGUAACAGCCCCCUGGUAGCUUCACGUUUACAAGAACCUUGCAUUAAAUUCUUGUGUCUGUCUAGAAGAGAGUCUUUGUAAACAGCUACAGCAAAAGACACAGGAGGAAUACCUGAUUCCCUCAGAAAGAAGAGGCAUGAAUUUAAAUGACUUUGUGGUGCUUUCUAACAACAAAGCCAAAUCCGUCAAGCUCAAUGUCAGGAACUUGCAGGAACUGCAGAUGGAGACGGUGACUUUGGCCCAGGAGAGCAACGAGAUGGAGGAUAAACUGCAACAGCUGAAAGAGAGCAUGAGCAAAGAGAAGCAGGAGAGAGGGCAUUUUGGAGGGUUUAGAUGGAAGUCUGGGCAGGGUGGUUCUUUAAACCGCACCAAGAAUAGCGAGGAGAAAAUGCUCCAAAAGCUGUCAACAGGCAAGGUUAAGAUUCGAGUGCUUAAGGAUGAAGCACUGACAGCUCCAAAUCAACCACCUCCUCCUCUGCCUACCAUCAAACUUCAGACGACAAGAAAAAGCAGGCUGAGGGGAACAGACUGUGGACAAUGUGAAGUCAAGACUGCAGGACUAAUGUGUGCCGAAUGCUCAGAAGACUACUGCAUUGGCUGUUUUGCCAAAUUUCACCAGAAGGGGGCACUGAAGCUCCACAGAAUGAUCCCCAUUCAGACAGACUUACAGACUCAUGUGACCACUCGAGAUAUUGUCAACUGCUUCCAGACACAGAUUAACCCAAGCUGCCUUCCUGGUACCUUUACGAGUCUUCAUCAAAGUCCCAAUUCCAAACCUGGUCCCAGUCACACGAUCAAGUCCAACACAGUUUCCAGAGGAGGAGGAGAUCAGAAGUCAGAAAAAGGAACAGAGGCUUCUACAAAAUCUAUGCGACUGCAUCCUCAUCCCAGCCAGGUGUUGGCUGCGAAUCAUGGAGAGGAGCCAAAGGUUGAAAUGAUCGAAGAGGGGCUGGAAAGUGAGGCUGAAAGGGGAUUUCCCACUGCUCUUCUUAGAGGAGAGUACAAUGAGGAGGAGUCUGCAAGAUUUUUCCAGGAGGCCAUCAGACAGUGGAGAGGAGAGAAGAGUGACAGAGCAGGAGAACUCAUAACUGACGAUGCAGUACAGACACCUGGCCGACCAGUUUCAGUGUCAGCUAUGGCGACCCAGGCUGAUAUCACUCCAGACCAAGCAGCUGAAGGGCGAGGAAGAGGAGGGUGUAAAGGGAUGGUUCUUCUGGAAUUCACAGAAAACAGCCUUACAUACACAGACAGAUUACUUCUCAAGAAGCUUCACAGGACACCAAUGGAAACGUAUCAUCCAUUGUUGGCCUCUUGCACAGAUUCUCAGUUAUUACCUAACACAGACACUGAGGAGGAGACUGCACUCAGCCUAAAAGUUCAGGAGGAGGAUUUUCGCCGCUACUAUGCAUCAUUGUUUGCUGUCCAUGUCAGCAGAGGCAGGACUGAGCCUCAGAUUAUUACACCUGAGUCGUGUCUGACCAUAGAAGUCCUGGAUGAGAGAGACAGAGAUGGAGAUUUUGUUGCCGAACAAAGGACACACCACAACAGAGAGGUUCCCUCUGCUCAGAACGACCUCAGUAAGGGAAGAUCACUGGUGCUCCAAACAGCCAUAACAAGUAGUGAGUCCUCAAGAAUGAGCUGCUCUUCUGCCAGUCCAACGCAACCAUUCAGGCAGUCUAGAGCACCAGCAAAACCCAAAGCAGCUCAGAAGCCUCAUCUGUCUAAGCCUCAGACUUCACAAGCAGAAAGCCCAAUGAAAUCAUCAUCCACUAAAAGUAAACCAUCAGCACGCCCCACUGCUGAGACUCCAAGGACUUCAAAGACAUCAAUCAAGACACCAACCUUGAUGCCACAAAAGCCCAAUUGGUCCCCCACUGUCCAUAAAUCAAAACCUGACCAUGGAUCACCACCACUGUUGUCCUGUCCCUCAUCACCACAUUUCCAAACUGACAUCCCUAAAUCCUCACAAGCUUCUGUUUCAUUUCCUCCUGAUGUCACUUCUUUGGCUUGUAACAGAUCACCAAUCUCAGAGGAGCAUCUCUUCUCUUCUCCAUCCAUGCCGUUCUCCCUUAGGUCUACAUACACAAUCUCACCAUCAAGCUCCACUGAGUCAAUCUUAUUGCCCAAGGUUUACCAAUCACCCCCACUUCAGAAAGACUCAGAUUCAUCCCUGCCACCAGAGCAACCGCAGUUUUCCAAGUUAUUCCCCGAACCAUUCUCAUUACAGAAGCUUUCCCAAUCCUCCUCAAGCAAUCUGGAAUCCUCAAGGCAAUCACAACAAUCCAUCUGUGAACCAGAGUAUCUUCUGUUAGAUAAUCAUCCUGAGCUUCCCCUGUCACCUGUGUCUUCCAGUCAACAUCCACCAUCAGAAUCUCUUGAACAAUGUCCACCUCUAGAAACUCUAUCCAUUUUAUCUCAUAAUGAGUCCCCUCCAUAUUCUAGACAUAGGUCACUUCUAACAAAUGAGGACACUCCAGUAUUUAUGUCCUCUACCCCUAUCGCUGGUGAUCAUGAAUCAACUCAGUCACUUCAGAAUGCGCUGCUUGUCCCUUCACUUCCAUCACAUCUCUUAAAUGUCUUCCAGAAUCCUGGGAAAAUGAAGGAGGAAGAGGAGCUAUCAAUAGACAGUGAAGAUGAAAUGUCCAGUGAUAGCCUGGGUCUGGCUCCACAUGAGGAAGACUCUUCAGACGAAGAAGCACAGAUGCACAGACAUUCAACCAGAGAGCGAUCCAGAGAGGAACAGCAAGGGAAUCAAUUCAUACAUGCAGGAAGAGAGAAAGCUAUGCAGACUGAUGAGAAAGAACAGCUGUCAGAACCAUCCACGGUGAUGCACAAGCAAAGUGCUGGGUCUGGAUCAGAGCAUUUCUGUGAUCUGGAUGGGCUUCUGCCGCAGGGUUUGGACCUGAAUUCUGGUCACUCCAUCACACCAGAAUGCACACACUGUGACGCACAGCAUACAAGACAAACUUCACCAUAUGAUUCAGACUCAAAAGGGUCAGAAGGUUAUUGGCCAAGCAGCAGCCACAGUACUUAUACUCAGGAACACCUGGUUUCCAGAAUGAUGAUGGACAACCACAUGCAGCCAGCUGGAAUUCAGAUUCACUCAGCCAUAACGACCAGGGCAGGAGAAAUAUCAGCAAAUGAACUAGGAACCGGUGCUAAGUGGUCUAACUUGGCUGGCAAAUCCACACCAACUCUGUCUGCCUGCUGCCCGUCCCGUGCCAUGUUGGGCUCGGAAUUGGGUCUAGCAUUGCGUCCGUUGUCACGAGUGGCCAAGGACAUCAUGGAGAUCUGCAAUGUGGAUCAGGCAGGCUGUGAAGACCCUGACCUGGAUGAUGACACAGCAGCACACACACUCCACGAACUUGAAGGGGCACUCAGACUCAUGACUAAGGGUACACACACACACAUUCGAUACAUUCAUCAAGUCAUGUAUUCAAAAACACUAUCAUGCUAUAGCCACCGAUGAUCAACAUAUUACAAAGUAUUUGAUGUUCAUGACUGUAAUAACCGAAUAAAGGUAUAGUGAUAUUAAUCAUGUUAAAUAAUCAUGUUUGAUUGCAGUUGUGAUGAUGGUUUUAAAAUUAAAGGCACUGACCUCCCUUAAUGUCAACCUCAGAAACAGAGAAGCAAAUUUCAGUAUGUGGUGCACAAGGCAGAGGAAGUCAAGAUCAACAAAGAAAUCAUCACUUCACAAGGUGGGUAAUAUUCACACACAAACUAAUGUAAUCUUGGGUCCGAGAAUGAGUGUGCAUUGCAUCGGCCACCACCUGCCGACUCAGAGCAGGUCAGCAGCUCGGGAGGCUUUUGCUCCCUAACGUUUUCAUAAACCUCUGUUAUUUAUGUUUGUUUUCCAAUAUCAUUCUACAUUUUUCAACCAGCUGACAUGUGAACACACACACACAGUGUGUUCUGAUUACUCACCAGUGCCAACAAGGCAAAAUAAAGAUUAACAGUUUUUGCCGGCUCUGUAAUCCAUAGCUUCCACUGAAGGUUUUUCCUUUACUCUGGUGGUCUUUGCAGCCAUCUGAACAAAGCAGGUGUCUGUUUCAUCUGCACUAUUUGACUGAAGUGAUGUUGUCACAGUCAAGCCACAGCUUUGUGCCCCAGAUGGUUGUAGAAUAACCACAGAAAUCGACGUGCGUUAGAUCAUCAAGCCUGUCAUUUAACUACUGUAGUCUUCACCCAAACAAUAAAUAACUAGGGGAACAGCUGUGCAUGUCAUCGAGACAUUAAGAUUAAAGAUUUCAGAAAUAAAAGAAAAAAUCAGCAAAUAGCAAGCAAAGCAAAUAGCAAUAA